UCCCCAUCAAUGGUGAACGAAAAUUAGUGGUGCUGUUGUUCAUUUAUACCGUUUCGGAUCUCCCUAUUUUGUAGUUAGAGGAUCGGGCGCACAUUCGAAGUGUUAGAAUAUAAUCUGUUCAUAGUUUUAACUUCUAUUUUGCACUCCUAUGCUGCUACUGUUCUGUGGAGUUCCUAGCGCUCGAGUAUGGUCAAAGAAAAGCUAAAUAGUCACUAGCAUUCAGAUGCUGAAGUCAAGUUUUUAUUGGGUUUAAGUCACUGUUUAACAAUUUCUGUUCUGGCCACAAGUUGCGAUCGAAUCGAUUGGUGCCAGUCAAGCCAAGAGAUUGAUCUCCUUUCUAUCUGGGCAAGGUACAUCGUAUAGGUCGUUUUGUCUUAGCUGAAUUCCGGAUAUAGAAAAAAGCACACAAUGGCUAACAAGAUGGUCGGGAAGGGUAAACUACCCGUUGAAACAGAAGACGCGCAGAAACUACGCUUUCAGGUCGAACUUGAAUUCGUACAAUGUCUCGCGAACCCCAAUUAUUUACACUUUCUCGCCCAACGCGGUUUCUUUAAGGACAACGCCUUUAUCAACUAUCUAAAGUAUCUCCUUUACUGGAAGGAGCCGGAGUACGCAAAAUAUUUGAAGUAUCCGAUGUGUCUGUAUUUUCUGGAUUUACUACAAUAUGAACAUUUCCGGCGCGAAAUUGUGAACGCCCAGUGCUGUAAGUUCAUUGACGAUCAAGCCAUUCUUCUGUGGCAACACUAUACACGGAGGCGUACAAGGCUCACAUCGCUGGGCACGACUAGCCUCACUGGUCUUGCCGUCGGUGGACAACCGGUUGGUGGGGGCGUCCAGGGCACUUUACUUUCGAACGAACCGGUGCCGAUGACUACCAAUAAUAAUAAUAACACCAGCAGUACCAAUGCCAACAAUUCACAGCACGCAGGACAACAGCAGCAGAACGGCAGUAUCAUGACCCAGCAGAAUGGACUGUCCAAUAAUACUGGAAUAUCAGGGGUCGUUUUGGGGACGACUGGAAGUGGCGGUGCGAAUCUCGGUAGUCAAAAAGUGUCCUAAACUAGCAGUUAUAUUUUUAUGUACAAAGACUGUUUCGUAAUUCAAUCAAUAGAAUACAAUUGAACUCAUAA